AGGCAACAGGAAAAUGGCCACUUGGAAUGAAAAGGCAGUCACCCGUAGGCCCAAGGUGGCGCCCGCCGAGAGGAUGAGCAAGUUCCUGAGGCAUUUUACUGUCGUUGGGGACGACUACCACACUUGGAACAUCAACUAUAAGAAGUGGGAGAAUGAGGAGGAGGAAGAGGAGGAGCAGCCACCAACACCGGCCUCCACUGAGGAGGGCAGAGCUGCUGACCCAAGUGCUGCUGCUGGCCCUGACCCAGCACCCAGGCGGCUCCGAGACUUCAGGGCCACGUUGCGGAAGCUCUUCAGUUCUCACAGGUUUCAGGUUAUCAUCAUUUGCCUGGUCGUGCUGGAUGCCCUCUUGGUGCUCGCUGAACUGAUCCUGGACUUGAAGAUCAUCCAGCCCGACAGGAACAACUAUGCUGCCAAGGUGUUCCACUACAUGAGCAUCGCCAUCCUGACCUUCUUCAUGAUGGAGGUUUUCUUUAAGAUAUUUGUCUUCCGCAUGGAGUUCUUUCACCACAAGUUUGAAAUCCUGGAUGCCAUUGUGGUGGUGGUUUCCUUCAUCCUUGACAUCGUUCUCCUGUUCCGGGAGCAUGAGUUCGAGGCUCUUGGCUUGUUGAUUCUGCUGCGGCUGUGGCGGGUGGCCCGCAUCAUCAACGGGAUAAUUAUUUCAGUUAAGACACGUUCAGAACGGCAACUCUUAAGGUUAAAACAGAUUAACAUACAACUGGCUGCCAAGAUUCAACACCUUGAGUUCAGCUGCUCAGAGAAGGAACAAGAAAUUGAAAGACUUAACAAGCUGUUGAGACAGCAUGGACUUAUUGGUGAGGUGAACUAGGUGCGUACCCGCUGC